AUGUUGGUGCAGGACCUUUUAGUGCUAUCGCUAUAUUUGGGCCACCAGCUUUUCAUUUCAUCAACGUGGACAAAGGCUUUACUGGUGGGGGGUAUCUUCACCUUUUCUCUCACGAUCUUCCCCCUAGCUGUCCUGUUCGUCCAAACGAUCCUAAUUCCUCGUCGACUUGUUUCGGUGACGAACACGGGUAAACAAGCCACGGGAUUUCUAGGAAAACCGCUAUUCUUCCCGGUCCAGUUCAACCAUAUCCGCCGCAGACCAGUGAAGGAUCAGUUUUUAAAUCGCUUUCUUCUUGUGGGCACACCAGUUGGCCUUCGCUGUCGCAUAGGAAGUCUACUCGCAGUGGAUGAUAAGUCUCUCGAUGUGACCCCUCCUCCUGAUGGCGUUGAACGGUAUUGGUCAUGGAAACGUAUCUCAUCCCAAUUAUCCUGUUGGUUUACAGUUGACUCUGCGCGUUUUCUUCAUCGGGGAGACCAUGGGUUGGAUCUGCGACAAAAGCUUGACAAUUUCCUUCGCGAUCAGAAUGAGGAUCCCUCUCAAUGGCCAUUUGCCUACCUACUGUGUGUACCCCAGUUCCUAGGAUGGUCUCGGGCUGUGGUAUCUUGGUGGUACCUCUACAACAAGAAUCGGGAACUGGACGCGAUGAUUCUCGAAAUCAACAACUCUUACUGGGAGAAAAGAAAUAUCUUCCUGAGGGUGACUCCAACCUCUGACUAUCCUCUUUGUCCUCCUGCAGACCUACCUGUCGAAUAUCUUGACGAAUUGCACUUGGCGCCUUCGUUGAUUUCACGGCCCCGAGCGAAGUUCUACAAAGGAACCUGGAUCAAAAGCAUCUUUGCAUCUCCAUUUGAAAAGGUAGACGGCUUAGUAUCCAAUCGUAUGAUGGACCCUUUGCAGCCAGAAGCCUGGAAAUCCAACACUUCCUUUUCUAAUAUGACAACAAUGGAGGAGGAUACGGGCGAGGUCCGAAUGGCAACUCGCUUGAUUUGUGAUGGUCCUCCACUUGACCCUACCAGAAUGACUGCUUUCCAGGUAGCAAAGUUCGUAUUCAAUUGGACGCUGCCAAACAUGUUUACAACGGCAGAAAUUGUUUACAAGGCUUUGAAAAUAAAAUUCACUGGGAUGAUGAUCAUGAACAAAAAACCACCUGUGCGCAGCGGGACUGUUGGUCGCCCAAUAACGAAGCUUGAAAUGGUUUUUGAGGGAUUUUUCCGCUCAUACCUCGCUACCUGCGUUGAGAAUUUCCCAGAGCCGAUUGAGGUCACCUACCUGCCUUGCAGGUCAUUCACCAAUGAGAUUGUUCGCAUGCAGUCUCCUUUAUAUAAAGAUGCCCCCUCAAACGCACACUCGCUGAGAGUUGAACCUGUCGAUCCACAAUUUUAUGUGAGAUUCGCCACCUAUCUCGAUGUAGAAUCAGCUCUAGGUCAAGAAACGCAGCCGGCAGGUCUGAUCGCUGAUCCUACAGCCCAGCCACUUCUUGCAUCUGACUUAUCUCUUCUUGCUUAUGUUUUGGAGUCUGGAUCUAAAACCAAUAAUUCAACCUCUGCUUCAAAUUGGAAGAUGAGGCUGAUAUUCUCCUGGUGCCGGGGAUCGGGCCUUACAUUCAUGGAUAAUUUCAGCAUGUCAUCGUCCAACCUACCUCCCCGCGCUACCUACCUUGCGGCGACUCUACGAAUCGCAAGUGCCAGGAAAAUUGCAUUUGGCUCUCAGUCUUUGCUAAGCAUCUGGAUUUUCAUCGCAUCUUGGUUAGUCCGAUAUCUGGUUUUGAAAGCCCUCUUUGCCUGGUGCGAUACCGUCUCAGUCACGGGAAAGACUUCUAUUAUGCUUGCAACUGCUGGAUAUCUCUUGGCUAUGAGUGCUCUAGAAUCAAUAAAGAGUUGGCUUCUUCAAAUCUAA